ACAGAAAGUGACGAUCUCCUGUUUGUUGCAGAAGAGUUGUCCAGGCAUUACGUAUCAACAUGCAUUUACUGCAGUGUAUGGCACUUAUUUCGAUCAGUAUUUCCUAUACCAAGUCAUGCUGUUUCCCGAGUGAGGUCGAGGUAACGGCUGUGGGAUACGGGUUAAUUGCACAAGGGAGGACGAAUUAUCAGAAGGAGAUCCAGUUAUAUUAUGACGCGGAUGAGGAGAAGAUUGCCAUCGUCAGCACGAACAGAAUCGGGCAGAAGCUGCGCAUAAUUUCCGAUUAUUCUGCCAAAAAGCGUUACGUCAUCACCAACGAAAAUGUGUGCAACGUCACAGAUCUGAAUAUGCCGUUUCAAGAGAUUUGUGUGCCGACAAAGGCCGUUUUCGUAGGGUCAGCGGUGCUCGGCAAUAGCUAUGACAACAUGACGGUCGAUAAUUAUUACGUCAACAUGACUCAGGGAAACUUGUCUUUCGAUGUAAACCUCAUGGCCACUCCUAUGAAGGGCGAUGAUUGCACUGUGGAAGGAAUGGUCUCGUUCGGAAAGGACAAAAACGGAUACCAGAUAUUUGAAACAAGCGUGUACAUGAACUACUCGUUUAAAAUCACGGACAAGUCAGUGUUUCUACCCCCCAAACAAUGCAACCAACCAGACAACAUGGGCAUCCUUUUGUUUAAUGUUCUAGAAGAAAUCCGAAGUGGGAUUUUGAUUUUUUAGAACUGCUUAGAGUUUACAACAGCUUUGCUUAUUAUAAUACGUGUUUUAUAUAGGCUAUAUAUAUAUAUAUAUAUAUAUAUAUAUAUAUAUAUAUAUAUAUAUAUAUAUAUAUAUAUAUAUAUAUAUA